AUGAAAUUCUGGCCAAUACUGCUAGCGUGUCUAGCAACAUGUACGUUGGCAACUCAAGUGACGUAUCAGACGUCAUCUUCAUCGCAGAGUUCAAGUAAUACGAACCAAAAACAGCAGCAAUGGUCUUAUCAAGUUCAAGAUUUGCUUGCUGCAUCUAACACGCAAGAAGAAUCAUUUCAUCCCGUUUCAUUUACUGCACCUGAUGCUCUCAAACAAGAACAGUCGCAGCAACAGCAAUUGUACAACCCUAAUAUCCAAUCGCAAUCUAGCGGUGUUGCUGAAGCGGUCGAUCAACGAACGGUGGAUUCUGUGAUCGAUAAUAUUCUCAUCUACAAUCGACAGGGACGCAAUCUCGAAGGUUACGAUGAACUCUACGCUGAUCCUGACGUGAAAAAUGCUCUCCAAUUAGGAAACGAUACUGUAGCUCGUAGUUACAUCAAAGAUAAACUAUGUUCGCUAGGUCUCAUGAACUGCGAGAAUUUAGAAGGUCGUCGUCCAUAUUAUUCACCCCACCGUGAUAUUCAUCCCCAAGAUGUAAUCUACGCACAACCCGUGACAAUAAAACCCGUUGGUCGCCCAUUACCAGCCGUGCCAGUGAAACGACCAUAUGGUUAUGGAAAACCAGGACCAUUAGGACCUGGUUUCGCUCCUGGACCGAUUUUAUCAGGACCACCACCACCAUCUUUCAUCGGAGCCGGACAUGGACCAAUUUAUUCUAGACCCCCAUCAAGUUUUAUUGGUUCACAGAUUGGUCUGAAGAAACCAGGUGGACCUAUAUAUGGUACAAAACCGAUUUAUGAACCUAGCAUUGACGCCGAAAUAGAUUUCGAUAAUAAAUUUCUUAACAAGAAGCAAGUGAUCCUACAACAAUCGGAUGGUUCCGUACAACAACACGUUCAUCAUCAUUAUCAUCAUGGAGAUUCGAUUGCUAACGCUGGAUCCACUCCGAUAAUUGGACCUGGUCCAAUUGGAAGCAAUGGUUUCAAUGCAUAUGGUUAUGGCAGUGGUGGUUCUUACACUGGAGCAAUCAACGACUUCGAAGAUUAUAGAAAGAAUUUUAAAAUUAAAGCAACUAACUCCGGUAACAGUUUGAACGAAGCAGCAUCGUCCAACAGUUAUGCGAAUGCUUUUCCAACUUACGAGAAAAUAAAGGGUGAAUCUACAAUCGGUGGAUUAAGUUCGGUUAAUACGGGAAAACAAUAUUCUGGAUUCGGUUCAAGCAAUUCCUACAUAGCCAAUAAUAAUUUUGCUUCAAACAGUAACAACUUUGCCAGUGGUCUUGGAUCUUUUGAAAAUGGUUUCGACAAUGGAUUGUCAUCGUCAAGUUACGAGGACUGCGUGUGCGUACCUUACGAACAAUGUUCAACCAUCAAUCAUGUUGGACGUAAAGAUGAUCUUUACCUGGCAAUCGAUCCUCGUAAUCUUGGUAAAGAUAUCGAAGCUGAAACUGUUGAAGUUGUUGUCACGGAUGGAAAUGGUACAAUGAGCGUCGUAAGAGUCCCAAAAGGAGUCAACAUAACUAAUGAAAAUGAAUAUCGCAAAACUCUGGAAAACAAUGAUCAAAUAUCGGAUUCUGAAGAAAAUAACGAUUUUGUUCCAAGUGAAAAAAGAUCCAAGAGAGAUACCACUAAGAGAUCUGAACAUAAUGAGGACAAAAAAUCGGAAAGAUUAAUUGUCGGAGAUUUGGACACCUCGAAACUGAACGUGAAGCCUACUUGGGGAGUUAGUUUCGGUCUCCCCCAAACUAACAUUAAUCCAAUAAAUCCAUACUAUGGAAACGGUGGAAACGGUAUAAAUCUCGGUUUGGUAUCCGUAAAUCCAUUCGUAGCUGUGCAAGUCACCAAAGAUGAGUACGGGGAGAAAGUGAUUAAGCCAUUGGUGAAUCUACACUUAACACCAAAUCCAGGACUCGUUCAUAAAUUGGGAAACUUUCUAGCGCAUAAAAAAGAAACUCUAUUGGGCAAUUACGCACCGGAGUAUUAUCCAGCAGGGCCAGUAGUUUACGAAAAACCGAUUAAUCAUUACCCUUCCAAACCCUAUUACCCAAUUAACCAUGGUGGUCCUUUUUAUCAUGAAAAACCCUAUCACCACAAUUACCAUCAUUCCAAUUAUCAUCAGAGUCCUUUCUACCAAAGUGGCUAUUCUGAUUAUUAUCGUAAUGAUGACGAUGAUUACGACUACUCAGACGAUUUAGAAGAUUAUAAUGAUUACUAUAGAAAUUCUCGUACAAAUGCAUCGUACAACGACGAUGCUAGAAGAAAUCAUUACUCCGCUAAGAGUUCAUCGAACGAAAGACAAAAUGGAAAGAUAGCUUUUCGAGAUAGAAAGAAGCGUGACUUGAAAACGAUCGAUAAAACGGAGGAGAGACAAUUCGGUCGUCCACCAGCUUGCGGUCCACGUCACGUUUGUUGUCGAAGUAGCCAGAUAAUUGGUUCGCGACCACGACCUGGUCAAUGUGGUACCAGAUAUACCAAAGGUGUUAACGCUAGGAUCAAAACUCCAGCAUACGUUGACGGAGAUUCAGAAUUCGGUGAAUAUCCUUGGCAAGUGGCUAUAUUGAAGAAAGACCCCACCGAGAGCGUUUACGUUUGCGGUGGAACAUUGAUAUCGCCACGACACAUUAUUACCGCUGCUCAUUGCGUAAAAACCUAUGCUGGACGUGAUCUAAGAGCUAGAUUAGGUGAAUGGGAUGUCAAUCACGAUGUUGAAUUCUAUCCUUACAUCGAACGAGAUAUCGUCAGCGUUUAUGUGCACCCGGAAUUCUAUGCUGGUACUCUUUACAACGAUAUGGCCAUCUUAAAACUUGAUCAUCCAAUUGAUUUCGAUAAAAACCCACACAUCAAUCCUGCUUGUCUUCCGGACAAACGUGACGAUUUUAACGGAGCAAGAUGUUGGACUACCGGUUGGGGUAAGGAUGCUUUUGGUGACUUCGGAAAGUACCAAAACAUUCUUAAAGAAGUCGAUGUGCCUGUUAUAAACAACCAACUGUGCGAAAGUCAAAUGAGGAGAACAAGACUUGGACCAAGUUUCAAUCUUCACCCUGGUUUUAUCUGUGCCGGAGGAGAAGAGGGUAAAGAUGCUUGUAAAGGAGACGGUGGUGGUCCCAUGGUCUGCGAACGUCAUGGACAAUGGCAACUUGCUGGAGUUGUGUCUUGGGGUAUUGGAUGUGGUCAAGCUGGGGUUCCUGGCGUCUAUUCUCGCGUUUCUUUCUAUCUCGAUUGGAUCCGACAAGUGAUCAAUCAAUAUUAA